AGAGGAGGAGAGCAAACGCCCAGGCAGGAUGCAGCAGAGCCUGAACAGCGAGCUCAUCAUGCCCAAGGAACAGCUUUUUGAUAUGUUCCAGCAGAUCCUCAGCUUGAAGAAGUUUGAACAUCAGCUGCUCUUCAAUGCCAUGCAGCUGGACAGCCAGGAUGAACAAGCAGCAGCCAUCCGCCGAGAACUGGACGGCAGGAUGCAGAAAGUUGCGGAAUUAGAGAGGGAGUUAGAGGGUCUUAAGAGAGAUCCAGAAAAUCGCAAGUUGAUGCCCAAGUUUGUUGUGAAGGAGAUGGAGUCCUUGUACCUUGAAGAACUGAAGACCUCUAUCAACCUCCUGAUGGCCAACCUAGAAAGUCUCCCAGUGUCCAAGUGCUCGCAAGAAGGCAAAUAUGGCUUGAAAACCCUUAGAAAAUACAAUCACAGGUAAGUCAUUUGGAAAAGACAUCAUACGUAUAUUUUUUUUUUCCCUUUCACGAUAACUACUAAUGUUUAUUAUUCCCUCUAUCAUUAAGUGUGUUACUAAAGCAUUGUAUCCCAACACUGGGUUCACUGCCUGGAUCUUUAUUGCUUGUCUCUCUCUGACUUUCUUUCUCUCAGCCUCUUUAUACCUUACAACUGUAUGCCUUAUGCUUUUAUUCUUUACAUCUCAUACUCUCUUUACUCAUUUUCAUGCUAAUUGUUUCAGUAUUUUUUCUUCUUUUUGAUCUUUUUUUUUUUAUCUUUCAUGUUGCUGUCAAUUUCAUUAUAUUUAAGCCUAGCUGGUGCAUAUGCCAUUGUUGCAGUGCAGUGUACUAUAUUUUCUUUUUCUUGCUGCAUUAUUUCCGUUCCUUUACUCGUCAGUGGACUUAGAAUUUGAAUGGUUUUAGGAUAUAUUAUUUAUAUAUAUAUAAGCAUAUAUUUUUUUGUCUUCAAGACUUUUUUUGUUCAUUGAUUAAAUACCAUAAGUCCUUGUUA